CUUUCUUCAAAGUUAAGAGAACCGACAAACCCAAAGGCGCCUAUUUUUCAUAACCGUUUAUACCCCAUUAUUUUUUCCCAUUAUGAUUCCCACCAUCUCCACUAAUUCAAUCACUUUUCUCCAAAACCCCAAUAUGUAAAUUCAAGAUUUUUGUCUACUUUUUCUUCAUACUCACUGUUCUAUUUCUGAAAAAAAUAAACAAUUUUUUUCUCCACCAUGGUUGUUUUCAAGUUCUUGAUUUUCUUCAGUUUCUUCUUAUUGGUAUCAUCACAAAAUUGCAGCUUUGAUUUACAAUCUUUUACACUUCGUAAUUUCACCCUUCUUGGUGAUUCUUAUCUACGUAAUGGGGUUGUAGGUCUUACUAGAGAGCUUCAAGUUCCAUCUUCAAGCUCUGGUUCUCUCAUUUACAACAACCCCAUUUCAUUUUUCGACCCAGAAACCAAGAAAACGGCAUCGUUUUCAACAAGAUUUGCAUUUUCUGUCAAUAAUAUCAACCCCUCUUCGUUUGGUGAUGGAUUGGCUUUUUUUCUGUCACCUGAUAAUCAAACAUUGGGUAGUCCAGGUGGAUUUUUGGGUUUGGUGAAUUCUUCACAGUUAACUAAGAAUAAGUUUGUUGCUGUUGAAUUUGAUACUAAGCAAGAUUUGCACUUUAAUGACCCUGAUGAUAACCAUGUUGGUCUUGAUAUUGAUAGCCUUAUUUCAAUCAAGACUGCAAAUUUGAUGUUAGCUGGUGUAGAUUUGAAAAGUAGGAAUUUGAUUAGUUCUUGGAUUGAUUACAAGAGUGAGGAGAAAAAAUUGAUGGUUUUCUUGAGUUACUCUAGUUUUAAGCCUAAAAAACCAAUCUUGAUUGUUGAUAUUGACUUGUCUGAUUAUCUAAAAGAGUUUAUGUAUGUGGGGUUUGCUGCUUCUACUGAGGGGAGUACUGAAUUGCAUUCUAUUGAGAAUUGGAGUUUUCAAACUUAUGGAUUUAGCCCUGUGAGGCAUCCUCAUAAUGUUUCUGAUAAUACUGUGCUUGUAAAACCUCCUAUUAUUCAAGAUUCUGGCCAUAAACAUCAUAAUAAGAGUCUUGGUUUGGGUUUUGGAAUUGGUGGUCCAGCUUUCUUUUGUGCUGUUCUUGUAGCUUUUGGUUGGAUUUCUGUCAAGAAAUGGAGGGGUAUUAACACAGAGAAGAAUUUGAAAGCUGAGCUUGUUACUGGACCGAGGCAGUUCAGUUACAAGGAGCUGAGGUCAGCCACAAGAGGGUUUCAUUCCAGCAGGAUCAUAGGCAAUGGCGCUUUUGGUACUGUUUACAAGGCGUUUUUCAUGGAUUCGAGCUCUAUUGCUGCAGUGAAAAGAUCUAAGCACAGCCACGAAAGUAAGACUGAGUUUGGGGCUGAAUUGUCGAUCAUAGCAUGUUUAAGGCACAAAAAUUUAGUUCAGCUACAAGGGUGGUGCAUUGAGAAGGGAGAAUUACUUCUUGUUUAUGACUUUAUGCCUAAUGGGAGUCUUGAUAAGGUGCUAUACCAGGAAUCCGAGCAUGGGAAUCCGCUGAAAUGGCCUUACAGGUACAAUAUAGCAGUUGGUUUGGCGUCUGUUCUGACUUAUUUGCAUCAAGAAUGUGAGCAGCAGGUGAUUCAUAGAGACAUAAAAGCCAGCAAUAUUAUGCUUGAUGGGAACUAUAAUGCGAGGCUUGGCGAUUUUGGGCUGGCAAGACUUAUGGAUCAUGACAAGAGUCCGGUCUCAACACUUACAGCUGGAACAAUGGGAUACCUUGCUCCUGAGUACCUUCAAUAUGGAAAAGCAACUGAGAAAACUGAUGUUUUCAGCUACGGUGUGGUUAUAUUAGAAGUAGCUUGCGGCAGGAGACCAAUUGAAGGAGAAGGGAGUGGUCAUGAAAUGGUGAAUUUGGUUGAUUGGGUUUGGAGACUGUACUCCGAAGGUAGGAUUAUUGAUGCAGCAGACAAAAGGCUUAACGAAGACUUCAAAGAGGAAGAGAUGAAAAAGCUGCUAAUUGUUGGACUGAGCUGUGCAAAUCCUGAUAGCACGGAAAGGCCUUGUAUGAGGAGAGUAUUUCAGAUACUCAACAAUGAGGCAGAGCCUAUCUUUGUUCCGAAAGUGAAACCAACUCUAACUUUCUCCACCAGUAUCCCGUUCAGUAUUGAUGACAUUUUCUCAGACAGCGAAGGAAGUGAGGCACCAGAACAUGAGCUCGAAAUCAGAAUAGAUUGAAGUAAUAGUGUCUUGUGAAUUUUCUGCAAUAUAUAUAUAGCUAGAAAUUCUUUCAUUUUUUUUGUGUCCAAUUGUAAUGUCAGCUGAUAUACAUGAGUUUUUUUGACUCUUGUUUGAAAUGAGGAAAGUUUAGUAGCCUGAGUUCAAAGCCAUUAUAUUGAACUCUAUGCUCUGUUAUCCUGAAACAUUUCAAGGUUGUUCAAUCUAAUCCGAUUAACAUGUCAUUUA